ACACAGACACACACGCGCUGCAGCAGCUGCACAGCUCGUUUCUGGGUUAUGGACAUCAGAGUGUGUGUUUAUUCUUUCAUUGCCGAAAGAGAGAGAGAGAGAGAGAGAGAGAGAGAGAGCGUGGCAUUCUGGGAAGGAAUGAGAGAGAAUGAGAGAGAGAGGAGGAUGAUGGAGGGAUAGAAGACAGAGUCCUAAUCCGAGUGCCUGCUUUUCACCGAGGUGAGAAGAGUUUGAGGGCUAAGCUGCUACAUUUUCUUAAAUCUGGACCAAAAGCACUGUGAAGAGCUGAAACCUGAGGUCGAAAUGUCGGAGCUGAUAGAGUGUGAUGAAGCGAGUGGGUCAGUAGAGGGCGAUGCUGACGUGCUUUUGGAGGAAGAUGAGGAGGACGAUGAAGAUGAGGAGGAUGAGACUGAGAGCAAUAAAGAGCUUUUAGAGAGAUUCCGAGAGCUGGAGGCGGAGAACACAUCACUGGCUCUGGCCAACGAGAGUCAGAGAGAAGCAUAUGAGAGAUGUUUAGAUGAGGUGGCGAAUCAUGUAGUGCAGGCACUCCUGAACCAGAAGGACCUGAGGGAGGAGUGUAUAAAGCUGAAGAUGCGAGUGUUUGAUUUGGAGCGACAGAACCGAACUCUAACAGACUUCCUCACACACAAACUGCACUUCUCCUCCUCACCUGUACAACAGAUAUCAUCAGUAUCGUGUGUGGAUCACAGAUCAGAUCCGUCACAGACCAUCAACGAGACACCGGACUCCAUCAGCUCUCAGGGGAAUGUGGCGGUCAGUGAUGAACAUGCACAGAACAUUGUAGAAACCUCCACUCAAGCUUCAUCAUCAUCAUCCAUGGAGGCAAUGUCUCCAUUCCUCAAGAAGAAAGCACACAUCCUGGAGGUUCUUCGUAAAUUGGAGGAAUCAGAUCCCUUGAAGUUUUAUCCACCAGCCUGCUAUCAUCAUCAUCAUCAUCAUCAUCAUCCUCACACCACACAGUCUCCUCUCCCCAGAGAGAUGAGCAGAAUGGUGACCCCAAGUCCACAUCAGCACCAGUGUAGACAGUCCAGUUCCGAUUCAGAUCUUCACGAACACACUCAUGUGAAUGUUGAAGGACAGCAGGAGAGUCAUCUGUCUAUAAACUUUGGAGGUUGUCCAUCAUGUCUUAUCCUCCAGCAGACAUCAAGCUUAGAGUUGCUGAAGGGAAAUCCAGAUCUUGGCAUGGCUUCAGGUUCUGGCAAAGAUGACACAAAAGGAUUAGUGCAUCCAGAAGGUGACGCUUUAGGACAAAGUCCUAAGAAAAGUGUUGACAAAAGCAAUCAUCCAAGCUCAGGAGAUCAAAAGAAAGACUGCAACAAAAGACAAUCAAGCAAGAUAUCACCUACAACAUCCAAAUAUCACCCUGAUAAGAAAUCUGAAACUAUUCCAUCACCUAAGGUUGCGAAGAUGAAGGAGACUGUCAAAGGCUCCACAACAUCUGAGAAACAAAAGCCUGAGAUCUCCAAUGGAGACUCGAUUAAGAAGUCUAAAAAAACUCCAGUCUCCAGGAAAGCAUCAGUUGGAUCAUAUUCUUCUGCCUCACUACCUGAGAGGAGCACUGCAGCAUGUUCUCAGGAGAAGGUGGUGGAGAAAAUGUCUACACAAACUCCAGUGUCUCUCUUUGGUGAAUCCAAACCUUCAGCAUCAACACUCUUAAAGUUGCUCAAGGUACCUUCAGCACCAGAGAACAACGGCUUUCGCUUGAGUCCUCAACUCACACGCAACUCAAAAAUCCCAUGCAGGAAUAACUACGAGAUCCAGACACGGAAGGCAACCACAACAGAAAGCACUUCCUGCUCCAAAACAGAUUCACACACUGGCACCUAUUCAGCCCCAACAUCUCCAUUAAAUCUUGAGGAAACAUCAUCCAGUCCUACAAAAGAGCCACAGUAUAGUAGUCACUCGGCCCCGAAAAAAAGCAAGGGUUCAAAAGCAAGUGCUCAGGUUACUCUCUAUGAAAAUGUUGUUGGGCCUUCCACUGCCAACUCCACCACAGUUGACCAAGACCAUGCAGAACAGCUGAAGAUGAACUGGAGAGAGGAAAAGGUUCUUAAUCCACUCUCUUCAGAUUCAUCUACUAGCACAAGUGACUCCUCGUCCUCCUCAUCAGAUCAGGACACAGACACAGAAAGUCCUGUUUGGCAAAGACCUCAGAACCACUUUAGCCUUCCAAACUCAUCAUCUUCUGUGUGUAAGGCUCAAAGGAUGAGCUACCCCAGCAUGAAAGAUGCAUAUCAUGAAGGAGAAGCUCCAGUUGCAUCUCCAAAGGUUGGACCUUCUGGUGCUUCUCAGGUCGCAGUUAAAAGAAGAGACAAACAGCUUUCAGUGCAGGACAGGAGAGAAGUCAUCAGCAGCUACAGUGAGACGAGUUAUCACCCGUUCAAAGAACGACUGGCGGUCCUUGGAAGACUGCAGAAUGUAGAAGAUUUGCAUCAACCCGGAGUUAGAAAAGGAGCACUAAGUAGUGUUAGCAGAGCUGCUGGAUCUCCUGGGAAAGGUGAAAGAAGCAAAACAGCAGGACGACAAAUCGAGAGAAUCACACUGGAACAAAGAAAACACACUGGAUCUCUGGAAGGAAAAUCACAUCCCAAACCCAGCUUUGGAAACUAUACCAAGAUACAGCAUGCCUCAUCAUCUUCUUCAGAACGGAAAUACAUCACAAAAACAGAAAGUCAGAAAACCAUUGCAGGCUUACCUUCAACCACCUCUUGUGAAACCCUUGUAAUAAUGAGAAGCUAUGGGAAGUGUCCCAAUCCUCUUCACAAGACUGUACAAAGUCCCCAAAGCAGUCCCACCAGAGGACAAUCCAAGUCUCCAUCCAAGGCUGGAAGUGCUUCUUCUUACCCUCGAGGAAUGAAACCGGUUCAGGAAGAGCGCAUGAACCUUCAGAAGCAUCAGUCAUCCAAACUCACAGCUGGGAAGAAAAAAACCUUCACAAACAUGGACACCUUCCCACUUCCACUUUCAUCCAAACCUGCUCCUGACUCUGCUAAGUCUGCUCAAGAGAAGAGACUUUCUGUCCCCCAGUCCUCGAUUGAGCAGAAGGUCAUGCGAGGGAUUCAGGAGAAUGUCCUGAAACUGCAGGAACAAGAUCGAGGUCACACCGUGGAACCGAAACAAAAAGCAUCCAAUGGGAUCGCAAGUUGGUUUGGUUUGAAGAAGAGCAAGCUUCCUGCACUCAGUCGCAAAACAGAAAUGUCAAAGAUCAAAUCUGGUAUGUCUUCAUCGUCGACAAUGUCAAGAACCAAAGACACAUCAGGCACCAAAGGAGGUUCCAAGAAGGUGGUGGACAGUUUAAAUAUCUCCAAGCUCAUGGAAAAGGCUGAGGAUUUACGCAAAGCUCUGGAGGAUGAAAAGGUUUACGUGAAAGGAGUGGGAAUUCCGCUGGAUCGCUCGACUCGAGGACGCUCGUGUGAAGUUAUCAUGGACCAAACGCAGGGUCAGUUAUCGCUGAUGUAUGCAGGUGUGACGGGGGAGAGCUUCAUGCAGCAGCUCCUCAACAGGGUGGAUGAUGGAGCAACGCCUGGCUUUGGUAUCAUGCACAGACGUCUGUCCUUCGACUUGAAAAGGUCACGUCCUGUUUUCAGCCAUCAGCAAAGCUGCGUCCGCCAAACCAGGAGCGGCGAGGAGAUCAAGUUUUCAGAAACGUGUCGAGGAGAUGAUGUGACGUCUGAUGAGAGUCUGGCCGAGUCCGUCAGCUCACAGCACUUUAAAGGCUCCAUGCGCACUCUGGACAGUGGGAUCGGGACGUUUCCUCUCCCUGACUACGGCAGCAGCGCUGUUGGAAAACUGAACCCUAAACUCCAAAGCUCUGUUUCUCACCAAGCAGCUCUAAAACCUCGAAAGAAUCGAACCCUGGAGGGAGGACUGGCGUCUUUAGACGAAGUGAAUACUUCUGUACUCUACUCUUCUCCUCUAGAGGCUAAGGGGAUGAGUGUGAAUCUGUCCAGCACCAUUCACGAAGACAUUGACGUCUAUGGAGCCCAUUUUGAAGCCCCGCCCACUGCGAACUGGGCGUUUCCCAAACCAAGGGUAUCAGAGGGGCAGGUGGAGCCACCGAGCCAACACAGUCCAUCCAGACGGAGUGCGGUUAAAGUUCCUCAGGUUCCUCAUGAUGUGGAACCCAGAAACGUUUCAGCAUCAGGAGGACGGCGGGGGAAGAAUCGCGCUCUCGGAGCCCAGGACACGCCACAAGAUGGAAAUGUAGAUUUUACGAAAGAACGAAGUGAAGAACUUUUAUCUCCAAAUCGACCACAAGUGUCUGAAACCCUGGAAUCCCUGAGCGACUCGCUGUACGACAGUCUGUCCUCCUGUGGGAGUCAGGGCUGAGAACUCAGAAGCUCCUGGAGACGAUCCUUCAGAAGAACGAUCACUCUCACGUCUGCGCUUAUUCACUUUAUAUCAGUCUUACCUGAAAUAAUCUCACACACACACACACACACACACACACACACACACACACACACACACACACACCUUCAUGUCUAUUAACACAUUUGUGUUCUGUUUGAGGAAAAUAUUCAGCACAUUUGUAUCCAUUGAGAGAAAAAGACAAAAGCAUGACCUUUAGAUGUUUGCAGCAAUGCGCUGAGUAGCAGACGAGAGUGAUGAAGGACGAACACCUCACUGAUGUUUACCUGUGAUGAUCAUCUCAUUAGCAUCAAAUUAAAAUAAAAAGCUACUGUGACCUUUGACAUAUGUAGUUAUUAAAAUCCCAUCAUUUUAAAGAGUUGAGAUCCAAGAAGAGAGGCGUGGCCAGGUGUGAGGAGCGGGGUUAUGCACAAGGGGUGUGGCUAUGCAUAAAGGGAGGAUACAUAUGAGGAGCUCACAGAGAGAGAGGGUGGGGCUAGUGUGGUGGGGCAGAGCCAGGUAGGGAGAUCACAGUGAAUGGUGCCAGGACCAAGGGGCAGGGCCACGUAUGGUGAUCACAGAUAGAGCAGUUAGAUCUGAUACUGGGGUGGAGUCCGGUAGCUGAGGGGUGUAGUCCAAGAGCUGCGUGGUCAAGUCAGAGAGCUGAGGGGUGAAGUCCAGUAGCUGAGGGGUGGAGUCCGGUAGUUGAGGGGUGAGGGGUGGAGUCAGAGAGCUGAGGGGUGGAGUCAGGGGCUGAGGGAAUUAGUCAGAGAGCUGAAGGGUGGAGUCAGGGGGCUGAGUGGUGGAGUCAGUGGGC